AUGCGAGGAGAAGACCAUGCCAGAGGCUGGGGAGGCCACCCUUCCUGGGCCGGGUCCGCGGCGAAGCCCCUCCAGACGAUGGGACUUAAGAGCUGGGCCUCAGGAGGACCAUCCAGGCCUCAGGAGGACCAUCCAGGCCUCAGGAGGACCAUCCAGGCCUCAGGAGGACCAUCCAGGCCUCAGGAGGACUAUCCAGGCCUCAGGAGGACCAUCCAGGCCUCAGGAGGACCAUCCAGGCCUCAGGAGGACUAUCCAGGCCUCAGGAGGACCAUCCAGGCCUCAGGAGGACCAUCCAGGCCUCAGGAGGACCAUCCAGGCCUCAGGAGGACUAUCCAGGCCUCAAGAGGACCAUCCAGGCCUCAGGAGGACCAUCCAGGCCUCAGGAGGACCAUCCAGGCCUCAGGAGGACUUUCCAGGCCUCAGGAGGACCAUCCAGGCCUCAGGAGGACUAUCCAGGCCUCAGGAGGACCAUCCAGGCCUCAGGAGGACCAUCCAGGCCUCAGGAGGACUAUCCAGGCCUCAGGAGGACCAUCCAGGCCUCAGGAGGACCAUCCAGGCCUCAGGAGGACCAUCCAGGCCUCAGGAGGACUAUCCAGGCCUCAGGAGGACCAUCCAGGCCUCAGGAGGACCAUCCAGGCCUCAGGAGGACCAUCCAGGCCUCAGGAGGACUAUCCAGGCCUCAGGAGGACCAUCCAGGCCUCAGGAGGACCAUCCAGGCCUCAGGAGGACUAUCCAGGCCUCAGGAGGACCAUCCAGGCCUCAGGAGGACUAUCCAGGCCUCAGGAGGACCAUCCAGGCCUCAGGAGGACUAUCCAGGCCUCAGGAGGACCAUCCAGGCCUCAGGAGGACUAUCCAGGCCUCAGUAGGACCAUCCAGGCCUCAGGAGGACCAUCCAGGCCUCAGGAGGACCAUCCAGGCCUCAGGAGGACCAUCCAGGCCUCAGGAGGACUAUCCAGGCCUCAGAAGGACCAUCCAGGCCUCAGGAGGACCAUCCAGGCCUCAGAGGACCAUCCAGGCCUCAGGAGGACUGUCCAGGCCUCAGGAGGACCAUCCAGGCCUCAGGAGGACUAUCCAGGCCUCAGGAGGACCGUCCAGGCCUCAGGAGGACUGUCCAGGCCUCAGGAGGACCGUCCAGGCCUCAGGAGGACUAUCCAGGCCUCAGGAGGACCAUCCAGGCCUCAGGAGGACUAUCCAGGCCUCAGGAGGACCAUCCAGGCCUCAGGAGGACCAUCCAGGCCUCAAGAGGACUAUCCAGGCCUCAGGAGGACCAUCCAGGCCUCAGGAGGACCAUCCAGGCCUCAGGAGGACUAUCCAGGCCUCAGGAGGACUAUCCAGGCCUCAGUAGGACCAUCCAGGCCUCAGGAGGACCAUCCAGGCCUCAGGAGGACCAUCCAGGCCUCAGGAGGACUUUCCAGGCCUCAGGAGGACCAUCCAGGCCUCAGGAGGACCAUCCAGGCCUCAGAAGGACCAUCCAGGCCUCAGGAGGACUAUCCAGGCCUCAGGAGGACCAUCCAGGCCUCAGGAGGACCAUCCAGGCCUCAGGAGGACCAUCCAGGCCUCAGGAGGACUAUCCAGGCCUCAGGAGGACCAUCCAGGCCUCAGGAGGACUAUCCAGGCCUCAGGAGGACCAUCCAGGCCUCAGGAGGACUAUCCAGGCCUCAGGAGGACCAUCCAGGCCUCAGGAGGACUUUCCAGGCCUCAGGAGGACUAUCCAGGCCUCAGGAGGACCAUCCAGGCCUCAGGAGGACCAUCCAGGCCUCAGUAGGACUAUCCAGGCCUCAGGAGGACCAUCCAGGCCUCAGGAGGACUAUCCAGGCCUCAGGAGGACCAUCCAGGCCUCAGGAGGACUAUCCAGGCCUCAGGAGGACCAUCCAGGCCUCAGGAGGACUAUCCAGGCCUCAGGAGGACUAUCCAGGCCUCAGUAGGACCAUCCAGGCCUCAGGAGGACCAUCCAGGCCUCAGGAGGACUAUCCAGGCCUCAGGAGGACUAUCCAGGCCUCAGUAGGACCAUCCAGGCCUCAGGAGGACCAUCCAGGCCUCAGGAGGACCAUCCAGGCCUCAGGAGGACCAUCCAGGCCUCAGGAGGACCAUCCAGGCCUCAGGAGGACCAUCCAGGCCUCAGUAGGACCAUCCAGGCCUCAGGAGGACCAUCCAGGCCUCAGGAGGACCAUCCAGGCCUCAGGAGGACCAUCCAGGCCUCAGGAGGACCAUCCAGGCCUCAGGAGGACCAUCCAGGCCUCAGGAGGACCAUCCAGGCCUGCUGCUGUUGCAUACAGCCUUGAUAAUCGCACCUAUGGCAGUCCGCCUCUGCUUCAUCUCUGUCCACUUUGA